CAACAAACGUCCCCAGGUCGUUUGCCUUCCUCUCUUGUUGUCAUUCUCUUCCUUUAUACGUUCCUUAAUACUAGUCUCUUAAUCGACGCGCCGCAGUGUGGAAGCACGUUCCCCUGCAAACAUCUAUUUCGGUAAUAGUGGCAAGGUGCGCCCUGCGUCGGCACCAUGGAGAACUCCAAUGUACCACUGAACCACUCCACUGCCCGUGAGGAGACCGAUGGCAAGACAUACGAGGCCAUUCACUCAGAUCGCCAUCACAUGAAACACGACAACGAAAGUGCCAGGACUGGCUCCAUUUACAAUGACACCGCACGUAAUUCCGAGUACGUCAAUGAGAAGGGCGCAGGCGAGGUCAAGGGCGGGAUCGCCGUUCAGCGCGCCGAGGCUGAGUUCGCCCAAUUGUCUAAGGAGCUUUCGCGCACGAGUGAGAUCUCGCGCCGCAUGAGCCGUAUUCAGAGUCACCGCAGCCACAAGAACCAGACGACCACCGAUAUCGAAAAGGGUGCCGACGGUUCCAGCAUUUCAUCAGAGGAAGCAUUCGAUCUCGAGAAGACCCUGCGCGGCAACCGCGAUGAGGAAGAGGCUGCAGGAAUCAAGUCCAAGCGCAUUGGUGUUGUAUGGGAUGGUCUGACUGUCAGCGGUAUUGGUGGUGUGAAGAACUACGUUAAGACUUUCCCGGACGCCUUCGUCUCCUUCUUCAAUGUGUUCGCGACUGCACAGAGCCUUCUUGGGCUCGGAAAGAAGGGUAAGGAAUUCGACAUCCUGAAGGACUUCAAGGGUUAUCUUCAGCCUGGAGAGAUGUGUCUGGUCCUUGGUCGUCCAGGCAGCGGUUGCACCACCUUUCUCAAGGUCAUCAGUAACCAGCGAUUUGGAUAUACCAACAUCAACGGCAAGGUCCUGUAUGGCCCUUUCGAAUCCGACUUCUUCGAGAAGCGGUACCGUGGCGAGGCCGUCUACUGCGAGGAAGACGAAAACCAUCACCCUACCCUGACUGUCGGCCAGACACUCGACUUCGCUCUUGAGACAAAGGUUCCCGGCAAACGCCCAGCUGGUCUGUCGCGACAAGCUUUCAAGGACAAAGUCAUCGACAUGAUGCUGAAGAUGUUCAACAUUGAGCACACCAGGAACACCAUUGUUGGUAACCCAUUCGUUCGUGGUGUAUCCGGUGGCGAACGCAAACGUGUCUCUAUCGCAGAGACUAUGAUCACAGGCGCAUCCCUCAUGUCUUGGGAUAACUCGACUCGUGGUCUCGAUGCCUCCACAGCCGUCGACUACGCACGAUCCUUGCGCACGCUUACCAACAUCUACAAGACCACUACAUUUGUUUCGCUUUACCAAGCCUCUGAGAACAUCUACAAAUGCUUCGACAAAGUUCUGGUCAUUGACAGCGGACGACAAGUCUAUUUCGGUCCCGCCGAUGAGGCGCGAGCCUACUUUGAGGGCCUUGGCUUUCUCGAGAAGCCUCGUCAGACCACUCCUGACUAUCUGACUGGAUGCACAGAUCCCUUCGAACGAGAGUACAAGGCCGGCCGAGAUGAAAGUAAUGCUCCUUCCACCCCGGAUCAACUGGCCGAAGCGUUCAACAAGUCGGAGACUGCCUCUCGACUGGCAACUGGGAUGACACAAUACCACGCUGCUAUGGAAGAGGAGAAGCAUGUCUACGACGACUUCCAGACCGCCGUCAAGGAGGGUAAGCGUCAUGCUUCGAAGAAGUCGGUUUACUCCAUUCCCUUCCACCUCCAGGUCUGGGCUCUGGCUAAGCGUCAAUUCUUGCUCAAGUGGCAGGACAAGUUUUCCCUCGUUGUCUCUUGGUUCACGUCUCUCGUCAUCGCCAUCAUCAUUGGAACCGUCUGGCUCAAUCUUCCGGAUACUUCCGCCGGUGCCUUCACUCGUGGUGGUGUCUUGUUCAUUGCUCUCCUGUUCAACGCUUUCCAGGCUUUCUCCGAACUCGCCAGUACUAUGUUGGGCCGUCCGAUCAUCAACAAACAUCGUGCAUUCACUUUCCACCGACCUUCGGCCUUGUGGAUUGCUCAAAUUGGAGUCGAUCUCAUCUUCGCCGCAGCUCAGAUUCUGGUUUUCUCCAUCAUUGUAUACUUCAUGACCGGGCUUGCCAGGGAUGCUGGUGCCUUCUUCACCUUCUUCCUCAUGAUCACCACUGGAUACCUCGCCAUGACAUUGUUCUUCCGAACCGUCGGUUGUCUUUGCCCUGACUUCGAUGUCGCUAUCCGUCUCGCUGCUACGAUUAUUACCCUGUUCGUCCUGACAUCCGGAUAUCUGAUCCAGUGGCAAUCCGAGCAAGUCUGGCUGCGAUGGAUUUUCUACAUCAACGCACUCGGUCUUGGAUUUGCUGCACUGAUGUUGAACGAGUUCUCUCGAGUCGACCUGACUUGCGCUGACACUUCGCUCAUUCCCUCUGGCCCAGGUUACACCGAUAUCAACGCUCAGGUCUGCACGCUUCCUGGUUCCGUUGCCGGUUCGAACAUCGUGCGCGGUCGUGAUUACGUCUCACAGUCAUUCUCAUGGCACGUUGGUGACCUCUGGAUGUACUGGGGUAUCUGCGUCGCUUUGAUUAUUGGUUUCCUGCUCGCCAACGCCUUCCUUGGAGAGUUCGUCAAGUGGGGUGCUGGAGGUCGUACCGUCACUUUCUUCGUCAAGGAGAACAACGAACUGAAGGAGCUCAACGCCAAGCUUCGCGAGAAGAAGGAUAGGCGCAACCGCAAAGAAGAGGGUGCAGAUGACAGCUCUGAGCUGAAUAUCACAUCCAAGGCAGUCCUUACUUGGGAAGACCUCACCUACGAUGUCCCUGUUCCUUCUGGCGAGCUGCGACUGCUUAAGAACAUCUAUGGCUAUGUUCAACCGGGGAAACUCACUGCGCUUAUGGGUGCUUCUGGUGCCGGAAAGACCACACUCCUUGACGUGCUCGCCAACCGCAAGAACAUUGGUGUCAUUGGUGGUGACAAGCUUAUUGACGGAAAGGUUCCGGGUGUAUCCUUCCAACGUGGAACUGCCUAUGCCGAACAACUCGACGUCCACGAGCCCGCCGCCACCGUUCGAGAGGCCCUUCGAUUCUCCGCCGAUCUUCGCCAGCCGUACGAGGUCCCUCAGGCCGAGAAGUACGCAUACGUCGAAGAAGUCAUCGCUCUGUUGGAAAUGGAAGAUAUCGCCGAUGCUAUCAUUGGUGACCCCGAGACCGGUCUUGCUGUCGAGCAGCGUAAGCGCGUAACAAUUGGUGUCGAACUCGCAGCCAAGCCUGAACUGCUCCUCUUCCUUGACGAACCUACUUCUGGUCUUGACUCUCAGAGUGCCUUCAACAUCGUUCGUUUCCUUCGCAAGUUGGCCGCUGCCGGUCAGGCUAUCCUGUGUACCAUCCAUCAGCCGAACUCUGCCCUCUUCGAAAACUUCGAUCGCCUUCUGCUUCUCCAGCGUGGUGGCCGGUGUGUUUACUUUGGUGACAUUGGAAAGGAUGCCCACGUUCUUCUCGACUACUUUCACCGCCACGGCGCUGACUGCCCACCCGCUGCUAAUCCGGCUGAAUGGAUGCUUGACGCCGUUGGCGCAGGUUCUGCUCCUCGCAUUGGCGACAAGGAUUGGUCCGAUGUCUGGACUGACUCUGAGGAGUUUGCCCAGGUCAAGCGCGACAUUGUUGCCAUGAAGGAGCAGCGUCUUGCUGAAGUCGGAUCAGCCGAGCCUGUGGAACAGAAGGAGUACGCCACACCACUCAUGUUCCAGAUCAAGCAUGUCAACAAGCGCAUGAACCUUUCCUUCUGGCGUACGCCCAACUACGGCUUUACUCGUCUCUUCAACCACGUCAUCAUCGCUCUGCUGACUGGUCUCAUGUACCUGCAGCUCGACGACUCGCGCGCAUCACUCCAAUACCGCGUUUUCAUCAUCUUCCAGGUCACCGUUCUUCCCGCCCUCAUUCUCGCCCAGGUCGAGCCGAAGUACGCCAUCGCUCGUAUGAUUUCUUUCCGCGAGCAGAUGUCCAAGGCCUACAAGACCUUCCCUUUCGCUCUCUCCAUGGUUGUCGCCGAGAUGCCCUACAGCAUCCUCUGCGCCGUCGCCUUCUUCCUUCCGCUCUACUACAUCCCAGGUCUCAGCUCCGAGUCUUCUCGCGCCGGUUACCAGUUCUUCAUCGUCCUGAUUACCGAGAUCUUCUCUGUCGUUCUCGCCCAGGCGAUCGCUGCGCUCACUCCCUCGCCAUUCAUUGCCGCCUACGUGAACCCCUUCAUUAUCAUCAUCUUCGCCCUCUUCUGCGGUGUCACGAUCCCCAAGCCGCAGAUCCCCAAGUUCUGGCGUGUCUGGCUCUACGAACUCAACCCCUUCACACGCCUCAUUGGCGGUAUGGUUGUCACUGAACUUCACAACCUGCCUGUCAAGUGCACGUCCAGCGAGUUCAACCAGUUCCGUGCUCCGCAGGGCCAGACUUGUGGAGAGUACAUGAGCGACUUCUUCGCCAACGGUGCGCCCGGUUAUCUCCUUGAUGAGGCCGCCAACCUUUGCAACUACUGCGCGUACAAGGUUGGUGACGAGUUCUACAACCCACUUGGAUACUCGUUCAGCAACAGGUGGAGGGAUCUCGGCAUCUUCCUUGCAUUCAUUUUCAGCAACUUGGCUAUCUUGUUCGUUGCCGCCCGCUUCUUGAACUUCAACCGUCGUUAAGCCUUGGCUUGUCGACGUAGUUCGAUGUCCUCAAGUUGUGUAAAAGUGUCCUAUUUAUUUAGAAUCAUGUAGACCUGAUAGAUCUUCAUUGGGCGGUGUUUCACACGUAUUUCGCCAGCGAAGUCAACUACUAGCAUAUAAUAUCUCCAAUGAAUUCAAUGUCAC